GUCCAUGGUUCGGAGAAAUGUUCUUCAGGAAAUAGUAAUGAAUGGACAGCUGACCCUUGCAAAGUACAGCUAAGUUUAGUGUCCCUAAGUGCAAUCUCGUGCAAUAUUUAAGUAAAACAGAUUUUCUUCUUAUAUUGGUGUUUUCAUUUCGGGUCACCAAAUGUCAAGAUAUUUUAUUUUUAUUUUUAUAAGCUUCUGGAAAUAAUAUAGAAUGGACAACUGAAGUUCGAACUUACAGCUAAGUUUAGUGUCCCUAAGUGUUAUCUUGUGCAAUAUUCAAGUUAUACAAAGUUACAUACAUUUCUGUUUUCAUUCUAGACUAUUUAACGCCUUGACAAUAAAAUACACAACAAUGACUUAGUGUUACUUGUCAUUAAUACCAUUUUAUUUCUCUUAGUUCGUUUUGGAAGUAGAACUUGCCUAAAACCUUUUGUUACAGGACACCGACAAGCCACAAGAUUGGGGCUUACUUCUAAGCAAUCAGUGAUUGGCAUGAAAAGUGUAUUUUUUGGAAACACCAAAGCCUGCUACCAUGAGUUCUCAAACAAAUCAAAGUGACUCAUUCUCAUUGCUAAAGAAAUUGGAUUUUAUUAAAACAAAGAGACAGUGGUUGGCGCUGAGUAGUAUCAUCUUUGUUUCCAUUGUUUUCUUAUAUCCAUACCUCAUAAACUGGAAAGAAAGUUAUUGGACAUCUUUAAGUCCGGUCGAAGUUUUACAUGAAGACAUCGAAAACGGUUUUAAUUUUACUGGCUACCAGCUUCGGAACACAUCAGACACUAUUCCUCGGUCACGUUGGCGUAGGGUCAGUUGGGAGGAUGCUGUGAAGGCUUUCUCUGAUCAGACGAGCGACUCUUGCAAUAACACCUGCGACAGAAGUGAUAACGCUUCUGACUGUUUUAGCUUCACCAACGGAGAUUGGAACAAACGCCUUGUUGCAGGAAAUUUUAUUGUGAGACCCUUUCUGAAAGAUGGGAUGUAUAUAUAUGAGUUUGAAAAAGAAUACCUGAAUUAUCCCCCGUUGGAAGAUAUGAAGCAGUUACCGGACAUGAAAUUAUCGAAAAUAACCAUGUUUGGGAUGAACAACGACACAGUCCGCUGUGACAUUGGUGACGUCAUUAAUGGACGCGUGGACCUGGUGGACAGCUACGACCACCCGAGACACAGAGGAGGAGACGAGGUGAGAAUGUGGUUAGUCAGCAAGUCAGAGAAACAGUUCAGAACUUCGGGUCAUGUAACAGAUUUGAACAAUGGCAGUUACCUGUUAACUGGACACUGCCUUUGGCCAGGCAACAUCCAGAUCAAUGUGGCAGUCAUGUAUCCACGUGAGUACAUGAGGGCUACCAUGCAUCAAGCUCAGCUGUCUGUUUCAAGAUAUAUUUACGGAAAUUUCAUCAAAAACUCUACACAGGAAACCACCAUUUGUUGGAGCUUACCAAAUGUUAUUGGCAGAUCGUGUGUUUGUAACUUGACUCAUUUGUCUGGCCAGUCUUUCUACUGUGGAAAACCAAUUGAUACAAGGCUUACUUGCAAUGACUUUGCAGCUACAUCUGUGGGUCCCAUGACACAACCCAAGAACGUGACAUUGCAAGAGAGAGACUUAAUCCAUAAAAUUCCAACACGGCACAUUUUGGAACGUACCAUCCCACACAGUAUAAACGUUAUCUCUGAGGAAAAAGGUCAACCUCCUAAACUUAAACCUUGCUCACUGACUCCUUUCAAUGUUACCUGGAAUCUUACAUCACCUGUUGGAUACUGGGGACCAAAUUUGAACUGGACAUCACUGCAAUGUGAGAGGCCUGAAUUGUCUUCUCCCUGGGCGAUGAGCUGUCUGAAGAACACCACUAUAAUGGUUUUUGGAGACUCCAAUGCACUGAGAAUAUUUGAUGUUCUUAGUGACAUGACAAACUGCACCGGAGUGUCGUAUACUUUAUGGCCUAAAGCCGGGACGUGUAGUAACAAUGACUCAGGGAUAACAUUAUCCUUUACGCCGCAUGAGUUACCGAAAUAUCAGCAUACUUACUGGACUCCGAAAUUGGAUUACAAGGCCGUUGCCGAACAGAUUUCAGCUACACCGUCUGUUGGUAAAUACAUCAUCAUUGUUCACUACUAUCUACAUGCGACACCAUCACAUCUCAGCGUCGUCCAUUCAAGAAUCAAAUCUUUGGCUGAAUCAAUAAGACACCUUGCACGCAGAAACCCGGAUGUGCUUUUUGUUUUCCGGGGUCCCCACGUGACUUCAUACGACUGGGACAUAAAUCACACAAUAGGAGGAGACAGUUUGGGUCAAUUUUACUUACAGCUGAUACAAGAAACUUUUCGAGACCUUAGAGAUAAAAUAGUUUAUCUUGAUGGCUGGGGAAUGACAUUAGCGAUAGAGAAUGCUGAGCUACAUCCAACUGACAGAGUGCCACAGGAAAUGACAAGGACUUUACUGUCAUUUAGAUGUAAUGAAACAGGAUAUGUACCAAGAUAGCAAUAGCCUAGGCUUUUAUUUAAUUUAAAAUAUAUUUUAAAAUAUAAUUGACUAACUUUGAAAUCGAACAUUUUUACGAUAAAUAUUAAGUUUCAAAUGAACAGCUAGAAAUGAAAUUAAUUUAAAAAAUGUAUUUCUGCAUUGCUAAAAGGUGCAAAGAAAAUAUCGUUUUACUCUUAAAAAAAGCAUAGCUUGGCAGGAAACAUUUAUUCUGCACACCUGAUACGCCAAAAAGCUUGCUAUUUAUGGAUUCUCCUCCAUCUAUGAAAAUAGUAGAAACAAAAUAGAAUUCAGCUUUUUUUACAGGCAAAACGGUUGGCUGACUUUGUUAAACAAGGUAGGCCCAAUUUGAUUAAAUGGGACUGUCGACCAUGAAGAUGAGAAGAAUAAAUCUAUACGAUUACAAGUAAUUAUAUAAGAGGAACUAAAAUGGAAACGCGCUAUUAGUUAUAGGUAGGGCUGUUCCGUUUGUACGUUAGUCAUGGGCCUCUUUGGGGUGUAUGUAAUAAAAAUCAUAUAUAUUAUUAAACUAAUUUAGUUUUCGUGACGUUAGGUCAAUGGGUUUCUGACGAUACCAUAGAACAGCGCGCAUUACAGGUGGGGAAACACACUGACAGCAUAAAAUUAUAGAAGAGGAUCCCUUAACCCUUAAAACGCGUGUGGUAGUUUAGCCUCUAAACAUCAGAAUCGUAAUUCCAUUUUGUAUGAACUCAUUGUAAAACAGCUCAGCACUUUAAGGGUUAACGCAACAAAAUGUAAAAAGGGAAGGGAUAGCGAUGGUGGAUCGAAGAAUUAUAAAGCCCUAAUGUAAUUUGUCUUCGAAUAAUGAUAAAUGGUACAAUGAAAUCAGCAUAUUGACUGCUGAUGGUUCAUGUAUUAAUGCCCUUUUGUUUAUAAGACAGCUCUAAUAUUCCUGC